AUGAAAAGUCAGAGUGUUAUUCAACCUACUUCUAGUCCAUGGGCAUCUCCAGUCGUAUUUAAAAAGAAAAAAGAUGAAACUCUUAGAUUUUGUGUAGAUUAUCGACAAUUAAAUUCAGUGACUAAGAAAACGGCUUCUCCAAUUAGUCAUCAAUUGGAAAUUAUCGAUUUUAUAGUAGGUACGGUUUGGAUUUCAGUCGUUGAUUUUAAAAUUGGAUAUUGGCAGGUCCGUAUGAAUGAGAAGGACAGGGAAAAGACAACGUUUUGCAUAAGUAGCAAAACUUUCUCAGAGCACCUCGAACAUUUAGAAAUUAUAUUUGACGGACUUCUUCAAGCAGGCCUAAAGAUCAAUACAAAAAAAUUUGUAUUCUUCCAACACAAAGUUUCAUUUUUAGGUCAUGUAAUUUCCGGAGAUAAAAUUGAAUGCGAUUCAAAGAAAGUUGAAUCAAUUGCCAAUUGGCCUACUCCAAAAAAUAAAACCGAUCUUCAAGGUUUCUUAGGACUCUGCUCGUACUAUAGGAGAUAUAUGAAAAAUUUUUCCCUAAUCGCUAAGGAUCUUUAUAAAUUAACUGAGGAAAAAGUACAAUUUAUUUGGGAUGAUAAAGCUCAUCAAGCCUUUGAAAACUUAAAGAAAGCUCUAAGUACUGCCCCUGUUCUAACACCUCCAGAUCCGAAUCUUCCAUUCAUUCUAGAUACUGACGCUUCUUAUUUCCAAUUAGGUGCAGUUUUGUCUCAAGUUCAUCGAAUUAAUACUCCUAUUAAGGCUCCAUGGUAA